AUGGCGGUGUUUGAGAGUAAGAGAUGGGUUACUGGUGCUUUCUUGGCGGUGCUUCUCGUGCUUUGCUUCUUUGCUGCAAUUGCUGAGAUCUCUGGAAACAGAAAUGGAGGAACAGAGGAGUUGCAGAGCUCAAGCAACUCAUCAAUGGCGGCCAGGGUGGCUGAGGAUGGUGAGAGCUUCAAUAAGCAUGCAGUUGAUGACCCAGAGGAGGUUGUUGCCAUGGUUGACAUGAGUAUCCGAAACAGCACUGAGAGAAGGAAGCUGGGCUUCUUCUCAUGUGGAACUGGCAAUCCAAUUGAUGACUGCUGGCGUUGUGAUCCAAACUGGCAGAAAAACCGCAAGCGUCUUGCAGACUGCGGCAUUGGUUUUGGCAGAAAUGCCAUUGGUGGUCGUGAUGGUCGCUUCUAUGUUGUCACUGACCCUGGUGAUGAUGAUCCUGUAAACCCCAGACCCGGUACUCUUCGCCACGCUGUCAUCCAGAACGAGCCUCUCUGGAUUGUGUUCAAGCGAGACAUGGUGAUACAAUUGAAGCAGGAGCUCAUCAUGAACAGCUUCAAGACCAUUGAUGGCCGCGGAGUCAAUGUUCACAUUGCUAAUAGAGCAUGCAUCACAAUCCAAUUUGUUACAAAUAUCAUAAUUCAUGGUCUACAUAUCCAUGACUGCAAGCCCACAGGAAAUGCUUUGGUGAGGAGCUCUCCAUCUCAUUUUGGGUGGCGGACAAUGGCUGAUGGUGAUGCUGUCUCCAUCUUCGGGUCCAGCCAUAUAUGGGUUGACCACAAUUCUCUCUCCAACUGUGCUGAUGGUCUUGUUGAUGCUGUCAUGGGCUCAACUGCAAUUACCAUUUCCAACAACCACUUUACCCACCACAAUGAGGUGAUGCUGUUGGGCCACAGUGACUCUUAUACCAGAGACAAGGCAAUGCAAGUGACAAUUGCUUACAACCACUUUGGGGAGGGACUUAUCCAAAGAAUGCCAAGGUGUAGGCACGGGUAUUUCCAUGUGGUGAACAACGACUACACUCACUGGGAAAUGUAUGCCAUUGGUGGAAGUGCAGAGCCCACCAUCAACAGCCAGGGCAACAGAUAUGCUGCUCCAACCAACCCCUUUGCAAAGGAGGUUACCAAGAGGGUCGAGACACCGACAACCCAAUGGAAGAGCUGGAACUGGAGAUCAGAAGGAGACCUGCUUCUAAAUGGUGCCUACUUCACUCCAUCCGGAGCUGGAGCUUCAGCAAGCUAUGCCAGGGCCUCAAGCUUGGGAGCCAAGUCCUCUGCCAUGGUUGGAGCCAUAACUUCAGGUUCUGGUGCACUCCCCUGCCGCAGAGGCCAUCCUUGCUAG